AGGUGAUGUUGUACACAGGUGCGUGGGCAAAAAAGAUGUGUGGUACAGAGAUGGACGGCGGACCCGGAGGCGCCGAUCUUGUGCACCUGUCAUGCGAGUCGGCGGACGCGAUUCCGGGUCAGCCUCAAACGCAGGCAUCGGGUGCUGGCGACGCCCGCGAAUAUCCUACCGAAGCCACUGUGGAAAAUCACACAUUGCUGUCUGCGGGUGCGAAAAACGGAAGCGCUGCCGCACUUGUUGGGAAGCCGGAUGACACUGUAGUUCCGGAGAGAUCUAUGAGCGUGUUUUAA